UUCCCUUCGUUUUAACAACCACUUGUUCAGCAAAAUUUGUUUCGAUCUCAGGAAAUAUUCGCCGUUCCGGCCUACUUUUCUAGAAUCUCCACUGACUUCCGCUUAGAGCAAACGCUCCCUCCAACAAAUGAGAAUACAACACGUUUGUAACAGAAUUGGAGUUCGAGAACAGUCGCCCGCAUCCUAUUGAAAAUUGCAACUGAAAGUGAAAGCAUAGCACCUUCCUUUCUUAUCCUUUAUUAAAACACAUACAUGGUAGAUGGAAAUCUCCCGUAAACCUCUGAAUAUGGCCCAACCAAAUAAAAACUACACACAAGGAAUACUGGAGGAAGCAGUGCAGCUAGUCCGGUCAAAGAAUAUGACGCUAUAUGGUGCUUCCAAAGCGUUCAAAAUUCCCCUCUCCACUUUGGGUGACAAGGUGCGGGGGAGAAGGGCUGUCAACCCACAAGUGAAAAAACUGCUGACGGAGGAGGAGGAAGAGAGAUUGGUCCAGUGGAUCCAAGUCCAUGCUGAGCGGUCAAUGAGGCGCACCCACGAUGACAUUCGGCAGAAAGUAAAGGAAAUAUUGGAUCUGCGAGGAGCAUCGGUGAGGCGAGAAGAUGGCCGUCCUGGUAGGGAUUGGGUGACCAGCUUCAAAAAACGUCACCCAGGACUUGAUCUCAGGUCCCCUCAAACUCUUUGCAAAGAGCAGGCCUUCAUAGGGGAGCAGGAUGUCAGGGACUGGUUUUUUGCCUUGAAAGAAUAUCUGGACUCUCGAGACCCAGCCUUACUUAAAAGCCCCAACAGGAUCUUUAAUGCUGAUAAGACUGGUUUCGCUUUUGCCCAUGUCUCCAAGCGAGUCCUGGCCCCCGUCGGCACGAAGCCCGUGCACAACAUUUGCAGUAGCACCAAGACACAAACUACACAAACUACACAAACUACAGUGUUGGUGUGUGCAUCAGCAGCUGGGGAAUAUGUGCAUCCACUACUGGUCUUUCCAAGGAAGAGGAAGCCCACGGUUAACCUUCUUGCUGGCUUCAAAGACGCGUACAUGCAGCUUUCAAGCAAUGGAUUUGUGAACAUCACUAUCUUCCGCACAUUCUUGAAAGAUAUAUUCAUUCCAUUUGUCGCCGACAAGCCAAAGCCAGUCGUUCUCUUUGUGGAUGGGCACUCAAGCCACAGCAGUGACAUUGGCACUCUGGAGAUGUGUGAGGAACAUGGCAUUAUACUAUAUGGCCUUCUUCCUGAUGCCUCUCACAUCAUUCAACCUUUAGGUCUGUCUGUGUUUGGGUCAAUGAAGGCAAGAUGGUCGGUGGUUGUGAAGCAGCACCUCGAUGAGACUGGGGAGACGCCAUCAGCGGCCAGUUUCUCACAUCUGCUGAAAAAGGUAUGGGAGUAUUGUGCCAGGCCAGAAGCCAGCCUGAGAGGUUUCAGACGUUCAGGCAUCUUUCCUUUCAACCCAGAGAGCCCUCUGACAAGGAGUUUCUUCUCCAGCCCUGAAGGUACCUCAGCAACUCCUGAUAUCCCUCAACAGAUUCAAACACCACCAAGAGCCUUGCCACCACCGUCAACAACCCCUUCAUUGUCAUCAGUAUCCACUUCAAGACUGCAGACAGACUCUCCGCCACUGCCACGGACCUCUCCACCACCGCCAGCAGCGACUCCGCCACCACCAGCAGCGACUCCGCCACUACCAGCAGCGACUCCGCCACCACCAGCAGCGACUCCGCCACCACCACCAACAGCAUCACCGACACCUCCUGCUGCUCAUCCAUCACUAACACCAGCGACUCCAUCUCCAACACCUACUCUCCAACCACCAGCAGCCACCUUUCCAACCCAAGCCACUCCUCUACCACUAGCACAGUCCACAUCCCAAGCCUCCUCUGCAGCUACUGCCCUCCCUCAGGUGGCUACAACCAGGCUCGAUGCCGUCAGUUCCCUUCUGCGCCUGUCCUCCAUGGUAGGCAUCACCAGAUGUGAAAGCUACCUGGAGAUGCUGAAGGAAAGAAAGACGUCAGAGGACAAAGAAUUUAAAGAAUUUCAGAGGGUACUGGAGGCAGCAGGUGUACUCGAGGCUCAAGGCCAGGGCAUCCUAGCCUCAUCUGUUCCCUCCAGCGGCGAAAGCUUGGAUGACCAGUUUGCCCUACCCCGACUCCCAAAGAACAAGGGGGGCACAGCUUCCAAAAAGACCACCUCAUUGACCAUGGCCUUCAGUUCAGGUCAGAACAGGAACUUGCAAAGAAAGGAACACAAGGCCAGGGCGGAGAAAGGGAUGAAAAAGAGCAGGAAGAAAGAUCGAGAGGAAGCAAAAGCAAGGAAAGAGCAAGAGAAGAAAGAGCGUCAGGAAAAAUCUAGAGUUGAGAAAAAGAAACAGGAGAAAAAGGAAGCAAAGGAGAGGAAGCAGUUGGGGAGACUGCAAAAUAGUAAGAGAAAGAGAGGAAGAGAAAGUAGCAGUGAAGAAGAAGAAGAAGAAGAAGGUAUGGUUUUGGAAAGUGAUGAUGAUGUGGAGCUUGCUAUUGAUGAGAACAGAUGCAAGCAGUGCAACAAGGAGGAGGGUGACACAAAAUGGAUCCAGUGUGACCUGUGUGGUGCCUGGUUUCACUUUACCUGCUCCGGCUUGCCAUCCGAGGCCAUUGCCAAGAUGAGUGAAGACUUUCAUUGUGAAAGCUGUGUUGGUGGAGUUAGUUGAAACUGAGACAGUGGAUCCUUUUUUUUUUUUUUUUUUCCCCCAU